AUGUUCAAGAAACCUUUGGCCCAUCAGUCCAAUGCGACGCCUAUUAGAUCAUCAGCCAGGCGGCAGCUGAUCAAUGCCAUCUUUGCUCAGUACCCACUGCUAUUGUCAAGCGGCAGAGGGGAGGCAAAGGAGCAGCAGGACGAGGAUGCCAUAGCUGUGGAUAAGGAGAUCGGCAGACUCAUUGUACCUGAAGGUGUAAGGUUGGGUACGUUUGAGACAUCUGCCGAGAUUCAAGGGACGCUGUACUACUCGCCAUCUGGUGACCCGCUUUGGAUGACGAUAGGAAGAUCGUCGUCAACGUACAUCCCGACGCUCUGUCUGCUGUCCCUGUCGCUGCCGCGACCUCCCCUGCCCACCAUACAGAUAUAUCAUCCCCUGCCACCACCAUUAUUUACCGGUGCGCCGCUCUUCUUGCCCGCUGUGCGCAAUCUCAACAAUCUUCACCUCAUCCCCGACGUUCCCGAAGGCGGUGUCGUUGCGUUCGUGGCUUCGGACAACAAUGGUUCCGAAGUUCGGUACGUUGGUGCCGGGAUCGUCGUUGCUCAAGGUGGCAUCCGAGGGGCAGUGGAAAGGCGGAAGAGGAACCGCUCAGAGGGGAGAGAGGUGGAAGAGGGCAAGUUUUGCGAUGUCCUCUACAUGAUCAAUGACCAUCUAUGGCAGAUGGGGUCAAAACCUACACUUCUCACGUUCACACUACCCGUUCCGUCUCCUGGACUCGCGCCACCGCCGGCAUCCGAAGAUUCUGGACUGUCAGAGAACCCAAUACCUGUAUCUGAAUCUAUAGUGGAAAUGAAAGACCUCAGGAUUGACGACUCUGCGGCGCCUGUCACGCCGGCAGAUCUCUCUCCCUCCGACAUUUCAACCCUGCUGAAUCAAGCUCUAUAUCAGACUCUCUCAACAUCCGAAUCACUAUCUUUCCCUAUGCCUGCAUCUACCCUCUACUCUGCGCAUAUUUUCCCAAACAGACCUGCAUACAUACCAAAAGCACAGCGGGAUGAAGUCGUAAUUGGAAAGAGUGAAUGGAAAAAGUUGACCAAAUGGAUGAAGGAGAUCAGUAAGGAUGGUGUGAUCAAGAUGAAGGAGUCAAAAGGCGAAAUUGUCGUCCAAGGGUACGAUGCCAAGCACAUGGCUCUGCAGACUCAUAAGCCGUUCCUCACUGUGUCUGAAGAGGAAGCGAGAGCGACCAAAAAGGCAACCCGAGAAGCAGCAGAAGCCACAGGCGCAGAGGCAUCUGGAAGUAAAGGAAAAUCGAGACACAUCGAAGAACUCUGGAGACCAUCAGGCUCCGGGAUAGCGUUUUGGGAAGCGGCUGGUGUUGAGACUACGACAUUGCAGCCGUCCUCGCAGCUUAAAGCCAGCUUUGAGGACUACGUAAAUCGUAACAGCUUGUCCGAUCCAUCGGAUCGCCGUAUGAUUGUUCUGGAUGACAGCUUGGCAAAGGCGAUUGGAGUCAAAAUGGGGUCUUCCGAAUCAAGACUCGUCCGAGAAGAAGUGAUCAGAAGAUUGCGAUCUGGAGUCUCGUGGUCCGUCUCCAUCGAUGGAGUCGUCAAGAAAGGCGCCAUGCAGCCCGUUCUGAUCAGCGUCAAGACUAGACAAGGACGAAAGACUGUCACCCUCAUCAGCGGUCUCGAGACGUUUGGAAUAGAUUUGGAAGACUUUGCGGAAGAGCUCAAAAAGCUUUGCGCGGGAAGUACAGCAAUCCAACCGCUGCAAGGGGCUUCGCCAAAGUUGAACCUGAGAGAGAUCAUGGUCCAAGGUACUCAAACCAAGAUCGUGACCGAUGCCUUGGUCGACAAGGGAGUUCCAAAGCGAUACAUCAAGGAGGGCGAUGGUGACAAGAAGAAGAAAUGA